AUGACUGGAGUGGAUUUUGACAGACCUUGGUCCUACGAGGAGCUUGGUCGGACAACCUCAGUUACAUCAGAAAGUGGGGAUGAGAGAGAUCCACAGAAAGCCUCAACUCUCAGCAGUAUUGCAACAGAACUGAAGGAUCAUGGGAAAUCUAGAAAAUCUAUAUUCAGAAAGAAACUGAAAAAGCAACUGUUACAGCAGCAACAGUAUGCAGCCAGUGAUUCUGAAAUUAUUGAUGACCUUGUAUUCAAAGGUAGUCCCAGGGCCAGUCUGUCUGCCACGGAGGAUGAAACACCCUCGGGAACUGUCACACCACGCAGGAAGUUCAGCAAAUUUCAUAUUGGUUGGAGGAAACCCAAGUCAGACCACGAAGAAGACAGUCCUAGUGACCAGAGCCCUUUAGACAUGAGUAAAAGUGACAGCAGUUUCCAGCGGCAUGCUCGGCGUGGUAAGAUGUCAUUUAAAACAGCCAGCCAGGCCACACUGACAUUUCUCAGUGCCAGGAGAAGGAUCGAGGGUGGACUCAAAAGUCUCGGAAAGAAAGCGCACAAAGCUGACCAAAGUAAAGAUAUAAAACAGAGCCAUACUGAUCUUACUGAGGAUGCAGAUGAUGUUGGUCUUGUGAUGAGAGAGAAGAGAUUGGUAGAUAAGUUCAUCAUUAAAUCUGGAAUGCUACGCUUCAGUUUUCUGCUGGAAUGUUGUCAUCCUGGCACUGUGCCAGAUCCGCAGCUGGUAGCUGCUAUGAUACAACUCGAUGCUCCUGUGUCUGCUAGAGCUACACUGUUGUUGGAAUGUGCCCACUUUGUUCACCGCUGUAACCAUGGUGACUGGCCUAACUGGAUGCGUCUCAACUUACCAAGUUUUCGGCAUUCUUCAUCUGCCCUUCAUUCACGAGGCCAACCAUCUGGUUACAGGAGGACACUGAAUCUACAGAAAGCUGCUGGGAGACUCUUCUAUGGUUGGGCUGAGAACUUGGGAUACCAGUUGGAAUAUAUGAUGGCAAAGGAACAGCAGUCACAGCUCAGUCAUGUUGAGGUGAUCUAUGAUGAGAAAAAGAGAAGACAACUCCGUAUAGAAGAUGAUUUUGAAGACUUUCUGGAUGAAAAUACAGUGAAUCCCAAUGGUAACAACUGUCCCUAUGCUUUGAAGAUGUUAGCUUGUCUAGUGCUGGAAGAGAUCACCACAUUCUUGCGAGAGACAUUCCAGUAUCUGCCACGCAAGAAGCACAAGCUUGAGCCAGGCUGGGACAAACAUUUGACCUCUCGUAGAUACAGCAGUAUUAUAUCCAGUCCAGGCCACUCCGAUAAAAGUUCCGAGUCUAAUGUUGGAGAACCUCCACAAAGUUCACCAGGUGGAGCAAUGGGUAGUCCCGGUGAUAGGAAGAUAAGUUUUGCUGUACAGAUGGAGAGGUCAGAUUCUCUGAACAGCAGUCAGACCUCACUGUCUAUAGAUCCAAUGGCUUCUCCACAUACACCAGUGGAGGAGAGGAAAGGACGUAGACUUGCCCAAGGUCGCCAAAAGCUGUUGAAGCACUUACGUCGUGGGUCGACACACAAUACCAGUUUCAGUAACAAAAACAGAAGCUUCCGACUUAGGAGACAGGAAGGAGGGAGUAUUAAAUUGUAUGGUAGUAUAAAAUCACGUAAAGUAAGCAGUCAGUCAAUACACUCUGACAGUAAGUUUAUGGAUGGGGAGCCAAGUUCGGAGGAUAUAGAGUCGAUGACAAUCUUCACUGAGGAGGCCCAGGAGGUGGCCACUGAGGACCAGCAAGAGAUAGAGGAUGAACGCAUGUAUCAAAAUAUGCCAUGGGUCAAGGUUGUGAUUCAGCUAUCAAACAUGUCCAACUUUAUCUGUCCCCACCAAGGAUACUGUCAUCCAGACUGCUAUGAGAGGCAGAGGAGAAGUUGUUCCCGGCUUGUUACUGCUGUGAAGAAAAUCUACGAGGCUACAGAAGAGGAACCAGUGAAGGAAUCAGAGAAAAGACUGGAUCAGAGAAGAGAUGUGCUAAAGGAAAAAUACAAAAGAAGGGAAUCUAUUUUUCAGCAAGCAUCUCCUAUCAAGAGAAGGGAGAGCACUCCUCUGUUGGAGAAGAUAAAAACAGAUGUGUCAAUUGUAAAACAGAAACUGACAAACUGGAAGAAACCAGAGAAACCCAAAGAGAAGAAAGAAGACUCGCCCAUGGUCAAAUACAUUAUAUCACAGGCCCAGAAACUCACCCAGUGUCCAUUGAGUAUUCUGACAAAGGCUGCCCCUGUGUUGGCUGAGGAUAAUUUCUCGGAUAUCAUGCCUGUUGCCUGGGAACUGAUGAUGGAGACAGACCAGGAAGUGUCAGCAGCUGCAGCGACAAUGUUUCUGAUAGCAUCAGUAAAGGCAUCAGAGAAAGCACAGACCAUGGUGUUUAAAGAACUCCAACAUGAAGAUCCGGUAGUAAGAACUAAUGCAGUGCUGAGAUUUGGUAUCCUGUGGAAGUUCAGGCAUCAGGUAUGGCCCAGAAUGGAAGAGGGAGCACAGCUUCAUUUCAAGGUUCUUCCUCCUGGCAUAGAUUUUACCCUGCCAUCACCUACCAUAGGACUGCCCGUUCAGCAGCCAGUAGACCCACCAUGGAUACCCCACUUCAAGGCAAAGAUUGAGGAAGUCACAGUUAAUCAAGACCAGACUAAAUCUGUGGUUACUGCCACAACCACAAGGCGUAAACAGCAACAGGAAAUGAUCAGAAGAGCUCUUCAGCGUGAGGAGGAGAGAAAGAGGAUUGGACGAGAGACCUUUCCCAUGACAACAGUGUCUGUCACACAGCUUGCGUCAGAACCGUCGUUGCAACAUGCUGGCGAGGAUCAUGAGGAAGGUGACGAGGAGCGCCAGGAACAUGGACAUCAUGUGCAGUUAGCUCAGACUUUCUUCCCAUCAUCCAUCUGUGCUAUUGUAUUACCCAUAAUACAUCUGCUCGAGGAUGGAGAGGUUAGCGACGAUGGUGUAGCAGUAUGUGAAGUAGCAGAGAAGAUUAUCUGGAACUGUCUAGUAGAAGAUCCAGUGCUGUUUAUGAGACAUUUCUUGGAGAAACUCACACACAAAGAUAAACAUGAAGAGUUACUGUUCCUGUUGCGAAAACUUGUCAUGUACUACAGAGAGUUACCUUCCCAAAUGGCUCAUUCCCUGUUCAACUAUCUGAUUGGGUACGUGAUGUUUUAUGUUAGAACACCGCAGACAUACGGACAGGAAGCCAUAGCUGGUGCCCUUGCAUUACUUUGGCAGAUAGUGCCUAGUGUUGAGGGAAUUUACUUCAAAGAUCUGAAACAGACUCUGAAAAAGGAACAGUGUGAUCCAAACAUUAUGAUAUCUGCCAAUGUUCCCAGUGCCAAGAAGAUUAUUGUACAUGGACCAGAUCUGACAAGUAUACCAUCACAGUUCCCUGUUCAUGAGGACACCCAGUUCAAUGUGAUCCACCAAGACAGUUUGGAUUUCUUCAACAUACCUGAGGAUGAACAGAAUUCUUACUUCCUGGUUGAUACCAAAUCAAACCAAAUCCACAACAUGAACUCGUAUGUGAGAGACUUCUACUUCUUCCGACGUAACUUUUACCCUCAGUUGAGUCUCGUACACAUGGAUCCUGAAGAGGCACAGGAAAACCUACAGAAACAAGCAUUCUUACUGAAGUUUGGAGAGAUAGGGAAAGUUCUGUUUACAGUGUCUGUGCUGCAGAGUACAAGUUCUCAUCAGCUACAGAAUCACAUCAGUUUCCUACAUGAAGAAUUGGUAAAGCUGCCCUCAUUCCCGAGGAAAGCUCUAGAUGCUGAGUUUAGUUUGUAUGAUGGUAGCCUUGGAAAGGCAUUGAAAUUUGUAUUCCUUUCAGGCGUAGCGACCCUGCCCAGCCCAGCUUUAGGAAAGCUUUAA